AAGUUUCCUUUAUUUUAGUUGGGGAACCUCAGCUGCUGCCGGCUAUCGGCGAAGACCACCAGAUUGAGUACCACCUAUUCCUACUGAUUUUGCUCCGCCAGAAUCUUCAAUUUCCCUUGAACCCAAAAGAUUAUAUAUAUAGCAAAAUGCGUUGGUCCCCUUUUCUGGGGAUCCCACUUGUCAUUGCUCUCAUAUCUUUUCUCUUCUUCAAGAUUUUUCCGCUCAGCUCAUUGAUUAGCAGCCCACCACCAUUACAGCCUAGACUAUUCAGUGCAGAAGAGCUGUCUUUUUACAAUGGCUCUGAUCCUCAGCUGCCCAUAUACCUUGCCAUUGUUGGGUCAGUGUUCGAUGUAACAAAAGGAAAGAGUCAUUACGGUGCUGGAGGGGGUUACAAUCAUUUUGCUGGAAGGGAUGCUUCUAGGGCAUUUGUUUCGGGAAAUUUUACAGGGGAUGGACUUACUGAUUCACUGCAGGGUCUAUCCAGUCCUGAGCUUGUUACGUCAUAUUUCAUCAGCCUUUGCUUUACCAUUGCCAGAUAUGUUGGUAAGUUGGACGGUCGCUACUAUGAUUCCAAGGGCAACCCUACUAAGUACUUAAAAGGGGUAGAAGCAAAGGCAGCUAGAGGAGCACAGUUAUUGGAAAAACAAAAGGAUGAAGAAGCUAAAGUGCCUAGUUGCAAUUCACGGUGGAGUCAGGAUGAGGGUUCAGAGGUUUGGUGUGAUGAUGGCUACCCGAGGCUAGUUCAGCGACCAAUAGAAAUAGCUUUGACUGGGAAAAUGAGCAAGCGCUGCGCAUGCUACAAAGAAGAUGAACUUGAACAGGCUGGAUUAGAAGUUUAUGAAGGAUGCGAUUUUUUUGCAAAGAAGUGUAGGAUAUAGAAACUGUAAAUUACUAUUCCUGAAAUGUUUGCCAUGUACUUUAAUGUAGUUUUAGAAGGGGAAUACGUCCCCAUAACAGAGAGAGAGAGAGAGAGAGAGAGAGAGAGAGAGCUGUUCUGCUUAUUGAGAAUUGAGAUGCAGCUUUGGGAAUUUGGAUAUUCUUAUUGAGAAUUGAGAUGCAGCUUUGGGAAUUUGGAUAUUCUUGUACCUGUUUUACAGUUGAUGCCUUUGGCAUUGUAAUAUUGGUUUGGUUUAUUAAUGAGUUGAAAUUGCUGCUCUUGACUAAGUUGUAAACGAACUGAGUUCUGGUGGCUUGACAUUUUUUAUACUUGUCGUCAA